AUGGAAAUGAAGCUUGCACGGAAGAUGUUACGGGAUCACGUGAUGGAAAUGAAGUCGGAAGCUCAUACGACGCUGGAAUGGCGUGCGAGUGACACGAAAGAAUUCGCCAUUAUUGCACAAGGGAUCCAGUUAGGACGCCAGUCAAAAAAUCGUUCUGCCCGUAAUGCUCGUGAAGCAUGGGAGAUUCUUACUGGAGAAAGCAUGGCUUCUCACCUCAAUAAUCUCAACGAAUUGAUAGUUGCGAUGAAGGGUGUCGGGGAUGAAAAAUUAAAGGAAAUUUUACUUGACGAAGUGAAGGAAAAGCUCUUGAAAGAGCACGAAAAGAUCGAAAAUGCAGAAAAAUCGGAAGAAAGCGAAUUUAAGGUGCGAUUGCGUAAUCAUGGUGGUCGAAGGAAUAUACGAGGUGGCCGUGGUCGCCAAGAUCAGCAUAUUCGACAAGACAUGAGACAAGGUGGACUGUCCAUCAAUUGCACGCAGUAA